AUGCCUGUCAAGUCGCCUUAUCCGGACUUCGAGAUCCCUGAUACCGACAUCUGGUCGUUCCUGUUUGAAAGGAAUGACCGGCCCUUCCCGGAGGACAAAGAAAUCUUUGUCGACGCCAAUACUCAAAGGUCAUACACCUUUGGCCAACUCCGCGACAGCGCAGUGACAUUUGCCCACGGCCUCAAAGCGACGUGGAACUGGAAAAAGGGCGAUGUCCUCGUCAUUUUCUCGCCCAACUGCGUCGAUACUCCAACCCUCAUGUACGGCGUCGCCUGGACCGGCGGUGUCAUCUCCCCCGCAAACCCAACAUAUACCGUGGAUGAAUUGGCCUUUCAGCUAGGUAAUUCUGAGGCAAAAGCCCUUGCAACACAGCGCGCCUUACUUCCUAUUGCGCGCGAAGCUGCGAAAAAGGUGGGUCUGCCUGAAGAUCGGAUUAUAUUGAUUGGCGAUGAGCGAGACCCAAGUGGCGUGGUGAAACAUUUUACGUCUAUUCGGAAUAUAUCUGGGACGACGAGGUUUCGUCGGCAGCGCGUGGAUGCGAAGAAGGAUGUCGCUUAUCUGGUAUACUCAUCUGGAACGACGGGAUUGCCGAAGGGGGUCAUGCUCUCGCACAGGAACAUCGUUGCCAAUAUUUUGCAGUGCAAGAAUACUGAAGGAAGAUAUCUUUCUUGGAACGGCAAUGCAGAUGGGAAAGGAGAUCGCAUGCUAGGACUUUUGCCAUUUUUCCACAUUUAUGGCCUCACGUGCAUCCUUCAUGUCAGCGUACACGCUGGUUAUGCCGUGUACGUCAUGCCCAAAUUCGAAAUCGAGAAAUUCUGCUCCCACGUACAAAACUACAAAAUCACAUUCAUCUUCGUCGCCCCACCAGUCAUUCUUCUUCUAGGCAAACACCCCAUCGUCGACAAAUACGAUUUGUCCUCCCUGAGGAUGCUGAAUUCCGGCGCAGCACCACUCACCCGCGAACUCGUCCAAACCGCAUCGGCACGAAUCAAAGUCCCAAUCAAACAAGGUUACGGACUCACCGAAACCAGUCCUACAACGCAUACCCAAAUCUGGGAAGACUGGGACAAGGACAUCGGUUCCGUGGGUCAAUUGCACCCAAAUAUGGAAGCCAAAUACAUGACCACGCCUGAGGACGAAUCGGCGCCUCAGGAAGUCCCCGUCGGCCAAGUGGGUGAACUCUGGAUGCGGGGCCCGAAUGUCUUUAUGGGAUAUCACAAGAACCAGAAGGCGACUGAUGGCUGUUUGACUCCUGAUGGUUGGUUCAUGACUGGCGAUGUUGGAUAUCAGGAUAAGGAUGGCAAGUUUUUUAUUACGGAUCGUAUCAAGGAACUUAUCAAGUACAAGGGCUUCCAGGUUGCGCCGGCUGAGCUGGAAGGCAUUCUCCUGGAUAACGAGUCGAUCGAUGACGUUGCCGUGAUUGGUGUGUAUAGUGAGGAACACGGCUGCGAGGUUCCGAGGGCUUACGUUGUCCGAAGUGCAGCUAGUAAAGCAUCUGGCGUCAGUGAUGCCGACGAGGCAGCAAAGAUUGUUGCUUGGAUCCAUGACAAGGUCGCUCAACACAAAAGACUGAGAGGUGGUGUGCGCUUCGUGGAUGCUAUUCCCAAGAGUGUCAGUGGUAAAAUUCUGCGACGAGUGCUCAAGGACCAGGCCAAGAAGGAGGACGAGAAGCCAAAGGCCAAGCUAUAA